AUGUCUUCCAGGAAUUUGUUUCAUGUGGGUCAUGAUGAUGAUGAUGAUGAUGAUGAUGACGAUGAUUUCCGCACAGAGGGAAAGAGAUAUGCAGCCUGCGAGGGCCAAAAUGCACAUCUUUCAUGUGGAUGGGGGGUAAUCAAAGUCACUGAUGCAAAUUAUGGGCGUACGGACACGCAUACCUGCAGCAGCGGAAGGCCAAGUCAACAGAUCUCACAUGUUCACUGCUUCCAAUCAAAAUCUCUCUCCAUCAUGUCGUACAGGUGUGAUGGAAAGGAGAGCUGCGUGGUUCAUGUGUCAAAUUCCGUUUUCUCCGACCCUUGUUAUGGGACAUAUAAAUACCUGGAUGUGUCAUACUUAUGUCUCCCAUAUCGCAGAAGCAUCACAUGUGAACGGGCAACAAGUACCAUAAACUGUGGCAAUGGUGUGAUAUUUGUUCAUCAUGCCAACUAUGGACGCAGGGACCUAUCAAUAUGCCCAGGCAGACGAAAAGCUUACUGUUACAAUCCAAAGACUCAAAGCUUACGGUCAAUGUGCAAUGGGAAGACCUCAUGUGUAGUGAGUGCUUUAAACUCUCUUUUCUCUGAUCCCUGUGGUGGAGUUUACAAAUAUUUGGAGGUCACGUACAGUUGUGCAACUGCAUGUGAGUAUCUGGCUUUGCCAACUCAGAACAGCACUUCCUGA